GAUUCGCGUCUUCGUGAUGGAUUCUCUGCGUUUCUUCAUGCUCACGUUAUUUAUAAUAUUUCUGCGGAGUCAAAAGGAGUUCGUAUUGGCAGGGAGGGGAAAGCGCGAAGUCAGGUUCACCGAGCGGCAAAAUCCCUGGAUAGCGGCACUGAUGAAAUUCGAGAAGAACGACCCGUGCAAGCAAUACAGCAUCUGGGAUGGCUCGGCCUAUGAAACUAAACAACAGGCCGACAUUCAUUGCAUCACGGCCAAGAACGCUUAUGCCGAUCUCCCCGAUCGCUACAAACGCAAUCGCUGCAAGAAUCCCCGACAGGCCGCGUGCUAUCGGAAAACACAAUAUAAGUAUAGAUGCGGUUUCAUAGUCGACGCACCAUCAGUCGGGGGAUGGAUCGGCUGUGCCACUCGGUCAUCUCAAGAGGGUGUCUUCAUACGUCUGAAGACAUGCAUCAAGUACCUGGACCUCAACCCACCAACCUGGGAUGACCCCAGACUGAACUGAUGAUUCUCGGAUGGAGCCAUUGAUCCCGGAAAGACGAGAUUUGGCGAACUUUUGAAAUCGAACGAGACCUGGGCCACGAUCUCGAGGGCACUUUGGAACUGGUGGUGGUCCGAUUAUUGAAAUGUAUAGACAAAGCUACAGACAAACAAAACAAACAAAAAUGUCGGCCUCCUA